UCCGCUUGUUCCCUCCCCGGACUGCGGGCGCACCGGAGCGCAAUGGAGGGACCAGACAGCCCUGGGGGCCCUGCCGGGGACCCCGGCGCACGCUCCAGCUGCCAGCCAGGAGCCAGGAAUGGGGAUCAGGGCGCCCCCGGUCCCCAGGCGCCCCCUCGGUUCUGGGGCGGGAUCCGCGUCGGGGACGCUCCAGGUCCCUUCCACGCGGGGUCAGCGGUGCGUCCCGGCCUCCCCGGCGCCAUGCGCUACAAGUCCGUGUUGUAACUACUGGGUCUCAUCAUCUCCCUGUCGCGCCUGGGGUGCUUUUAAUCCCACAUGCUGCCUUUUGAAAUGGACUCUUGGUGGGUUCUACUCAGUCUCAGUUUGCUUCUGAGGACUUCGGGGUUCCAAGCAGCAAAUGCCUCUAAACCCAAUAUUCUACUGAUAAUGGCAGAUGAUCUUGGCAUUGGGGAUCUUGGUUGCUAUGGAAACAAUACCCUGAGGACACCCAAUAUCGACCGGCUUGCAGAGGAAGGCAUGAGGCUCACCCAGCACUUGGCGGCCGCCCCCCUGUGCACCCCGAGCAGAUCUUCCUUCCUCACGGGGAGGCACUCCUUCAGAUCAGGCAUGGAAGCCCAUGAUGGGUACCGCGCCCUCCAGUGGAACGGGGGAUCGGGUGGACUCCCCGAGAAUGAAACCACGUUUGCAAGAAUCCUGCAGCAACAAGGUUAUGCAACCGGCCUCAUAGGGAAAUGGCACCAGGGCGUAAAUUGUGAAUCCCGCAAUGACCACUGCCACCACCCACUGAACCACGGAUUUGACUAUUUCUAUGGCAUGCCUUUCACGCUUGUGAAUGACUGUGACCCAGGCAGGCCCCCGGAAGUGGACGCCAGCACGAGAGCGAGGCUGUGGUUUUACACCCAGGUGGCGGCAUUGGGAGUGCUGACCGUUGCUCUUGGCAAGAUUUGGGGGUUAAUCUCUGUGCCCUGGAAAGCGGUCCUGGGUGCGGCCAGCCUCGUCUUCCUCUUUUUUGUCUCCUGGUAUGCCAGCUUCGGGUUUGUGCGUCGUUGGAACUGUAUCCUGAUGAGAAACCAUGACGUCACUGAGCAGCCCAUGGUUUUGGAAAGAACCGCGCGUCUCAUGCUACGGGAGGCAGUUUCCUAUAUUGAAAGAAAUAAGCACAGGCCAUUCCUCCUCUUUGUGUCCUUGCUACACGUGCACAUCCCCCUGGUCACCACAAAACAGUUUCUCGGGAAAAGCCAGCACGGCUUAUAUGGCGACAACGUUGAGGAGAUGGAUUGGCUGGUAGGUGAAAUCCUUCAGGCCAUUGAAGAAAACGGUCUGAAAAACACGACAUUCACGUAUUUUACCUCUGAUCACGGAGGACAUUUGGAGGCAAGAGACGAACGCGGCCAGCUGGGGGGAUGGAAUGGAAUAUUCAGAGGUGGCAAAGGGAUGGGGGGCUGGGAAGGCGGCAUCCGCGUCCCGGGGAUCUUCCGGUGGCCUGGGGUGCUGCCGGCCGGCCGAGCGAUCCACGAGCCCACCAGUCUGAUGGAUGUCUUCCCCACCGUGGUCGAGCUGGGGGGCGGCCACGUGCCCCAGGACAGGGUGAUCGAUGGCCGUAGCCUGGUGCCCUUGUUGCAAGGGACUGCCGAGCACUCAGCACACGAAUUCCUGUUUCAUUACUGUGGGAAGUAUCUGCACGCAGCACGCUGGCACGAUAAAGACAGCGGAAGACUCUGGAAGGUUCACUAUAUGACACCGCGAUUCCACCCCAAGGGGGCGGGGGCCUGCCACGGCCAAGGUGUGUGCCCCUGCUCCGGGGACGGCGUGACCCAGCACAGCCCGCCUCUGCUCUUCGACCUGUCCAGGGACCCUUCGGAGACGCGGCCCCUGUCCCCUGGCUUGGAGCCCCGGUACCACGCGGUGCUGGCGCGGGUGCACGAGGCGUUGGAACGGCACAGGAGGACCCUGAGUCCUGUGCCCCCCCAGUUUUCCCUGGGCAACAUCGUCUGGAAACCGUGGCUGCAGCCGUGCUGCGGAACCUUCCCCUUAUGCGCGUGCACGCAGGACGGAGACCCCAGCGAGGCGUGACCUCACCCUCGGCCACGGUGCCCGUCAUCCAACACAGGUUGGCGAUGGGGUGCAGAGAAAGGAGCGCUCGUGCACCGUUGCUGGGAAUGCAGACUGGUGCAGCCACCCUGGACAACAGGAAGGCGGUUCUUCAAAGAGUUAAAAGCAUACAUGCCCUACAGUCUAGUGAUCGCGGUGUUGCAUCCACACGACUCCUGAAACAGAAUGCUACAGGCACCAAUGACAGUCACCACAAAGUUUAUUACAAUGAGAGGCAAGGCCGACCGAUAGAGAC